GUUGGAAAGGCAACUUGCGGCCUUGCGAGGGGAAGAGAAGUCGCCAGCCAUUACAGUGGACGUGACGAUGCAUCCGAUACACCAUGGCGUUCAGACGGAGUUCACGCACAUGCUUGAUGUCCUGGAAUCAGACACGGCGAAACCGUUCAUCAUUCCCAUCCUUGGCCUGUUGAUAGGUAUCUUUAUGAUGAACCUUCACAGAUGCGCAAAGUUGGAUCACAUGGAGUCGAUCUCCACGGUGGGAAAGCUGGUCCUCUACUUCGGGGCCCAGUCCUUCAUGAACAUCUUCAUGGGCUGGGUGUUCCGUACGCACGUGACUCUAGAGAAGGGCUAUGUGUUGCCCAAUGGCAAGACUUUGGAAAACGAUCUGCACGGUUGCCCCGUAGGCUUUGCCUUAACUGCGAUGCAGCAGGUGAUCUCCUUUCUGUGUUUCAUCAUUGUGUAUGGUUUGCUGUAUUAUACUCCGUACAAGAUUGAAACGAAGCGACUCACUUCAUGCAAUGAGGUCAUUAGCAUUUGCAUCUUUGGAAGUGUCUUCGCUUUGAACAUUGCCUUGAACAACUUCAGUUUGGGGUACAUCAGCAUUGCCGUGAACCUCAUCAUCCGGUCCUGCUUGCCCCUGACCACCUUCAUGUCACAGCAAGGGUUAGCGAUGUUCGGUCUCUAUCCGUUCAAACCUUGCCGGAUUGCUGAGAUUGGAUUGAUGACGCUGGGUGUGUGCUUUGCGGCACUCUUUACCAUUGCCAAGAUUAUGGGCUCUGCUGAGAAGGGACACUCCUCCUCCAACAUGGUCCUGGGUGUGGUGAUAUGCAUUUUGUCCCUGCUCUGCGGAUCCUUAAACCUGGCCUUGGCUGGCGUGCUGGGAGAGAUGAAGAUGAGCGUUUAUGAUACGGUGGCCUACAUGUCAGUGCCCGCCACCAUCUUCCUUGUGCCCUUUGCGGUGUUCUUGGAGAAGCCCGUGCCUGGACAAUGGCCCGAGGUCUUCAACACGGAGGAUGCCACGGAUUUCAUGAUUCUCCGUGAGGUGAUGCGCAUCGCUCCCGGGACCUUCGCUCUCUUCGCGCUGAGUGGAGUGUUUUCCUUCAUGUAUAACAUUGUCCAGUUCAGCAUCGUGCACACGCUUUCGCCAUCAGCCACGGCCUUUGGCGGCAACUUCAACAAGGCUGCGCUGGUCUUGUUGACCUUGACCCUGCCCUUCCUGCAGGUACAUUCAUUGCCUGGCAGCCCGUACAUUGAGGUGAUUUGGUUCGCCGUCAUUGGCAACGUCAUCGCCUUUAGUCUAUACAGCUAUUUGCAGAUUCUGGAAAAGGAGAAAGCCAAGAUCGCUGCGGCAGCUGAUGAGAAGACCGGCUUUCUCUCCGAGCAAGAAGAGGACUGGGAGGAAUCCACCUCAGAGGAGUCUGCCGGGAUGUGUGGUACCUGAUGGCUGCGCCAGUCUCAAUUCAGUGGUGUUCUCCCGUAAAGAAGGAGAGAACUUUAAGAAAAAAACUUGGAUUCAGUGCAUUGUAAGAUCUUC